GCUGUGGGACUGGCAGAGGGCAAGGCAGCAUGGCCCUUGCUCUGCGCCUCCUACUCCUGCUGCUCCUGGCCGUGGCCCUGCCUGCCAGGGCUGCCCAGGCUGCUCCGCUGCAAGCGCAGGGAGCAGAUUGGGAUGCUAGAAAUGUUUUUCUGGCACCUUGGCUGGAAGAUAGAUUGGAUCCAGAUGUGUCUGCCGAGGGGAAUUUUCCAGCUCCUGGGCUGGAUGAAGCACACAAGCCCGAUUACCAUGGCAGGGGUCCUCCAACAGGACAGACCCACGCUAAAGGAGAAAAUGAAUCCCUGACGCCUUCUGAACUUGUGGACCAGAUGCUGAAUGAUCUGGAGAGACGCCGUGAAAUGAAAGUAGAGCCUGUGCAGAUGGAAGCACUCCCCAGAGGAAGCAGUGGUUCCGUGCCAGUCUCGGCUGCAGAAAGGGAUGCCAUGCCAGGCACAGGCACAGGAGAUUGGGAUCCUGAUAUGGAUUAUUUGGAAGUCCUGGUGCAUAACCAUUUUAAGUCCUUGGAGGAUGCCGAAGCUAACUCGGUUGGUGAAAAUGAUCUGGCUUCCCAACCCAUGUCCAGGACUGAGCCUCUGGGAGAUGGUGAAGAUCCUGCCCCAGUUCUCAUGCGGCUGGAGGUUUUUACCGGGGCUGCUUCUGUCCUCAUCCUCACCGGAUGAAGCGGAGUGAGAGAGCGCGUGGAUUUUUGCUUUGGCUGUCGGGGACCGAUGGCUGGAAUUUUUGCCGACCAAGGUGACUGCCUUCCCGUCACGGGCACCGUGGGAAAGGGAAGGAGUAGGAGGGGUUGAAGGGGUGGGUUCUGCCGACGCGCAAUCUGUCCCUUCCCCCGAGGUGUGGCCCGAUGACGAAUGGCUAGAUCCACCCCAUGGGGUGUGACUAUCUGAAGAAACCGAGCUGCCCCCGAAGGCUUUCCCAGUAACACGUCAGAGAGGGGAGGGGCAGAGGGGGCAAAUCCCGACAAUGCGAGUGAAGGGGGGAACCCGACGCAGGGAAGGAGCACACAACUGGAAAAGCCUCAGAGGUGGUGGCUGGGACUGAGGACAAAACUGGAAAAGAUGAGCCAUCAUUUUUCACCCUUAAAUCAGGGAGGGCAGCCAUUUUGUGACCCCAAAUCGGGACAACUAUAAACAUUACAACAGGAAUCCAAACCGGAAUCAGGGGAUUUAGGAGCGAGGGUAAGGGCAGGAUCCAAACUGACGUGGCCAGCAUCAGCUGGACGAGGGAUUUGAGCCAGGCAGGAGCCAGCAGGGAGCAGGUUACCACCUUGUGCAAGUUUUGGGCAAGAUCUGAGUCCUGUCUGGUCCUUGGGGGAAGAGGGAAUAGGAUCGGAAGGGGAGGAACACAGGGAAGGCAAACUAGGGUUCUUAACUCCUUCCUUCCUUUUCACAAACUCAUAUAUGACGUCGAAAACAGGGUAAAAGUUUGCCACUCCCAAGUCCCUCGACACUUGCCAUUGAUAAAUGCAAUGCCCCACCUUUCCCCAAAAGGCAACUGAUAACACUUCCUCUCUACCCGCAUUUGGAAAAUGCAUGAACAACAACUUAACAAAGGCUUUCAGCUCUCUCUUCUUAACAGAAAUAUUUU